GUUUUACGAUUAUGGGUCACACUUGACCGUUACAUACGAACAAUUCAAUUCAAUACUGAUACUAACCAGUAACGAUAAUUUUCUUUUUUUCUCCUCUUCCACAGACACUUUCCAAUUUCAUUUUCUAAAUCUAUUUCAUUUAGCGGAAAUUUCAAUCGCCAACAACACUCUCUGAGAUCGAUCGUGUAACAAUCACAAAAACGAGCUUUUAAAACCUAAAUCUCAACUCAUCGAUUCAACCAAACUCUUCAACUUGAUGAACAAAUUUCAACAAGAAACAUUACAAUGCCAGUUUCAACUCGAUCUCACACAAAGAACAAUGCAAACCCUAAUCAACAACAACAACAACCACAUCAAAGUUUAAAGGAGAAAUUGAAAGCCCUAACACUGUUAUACGAGCAACACAACCUCAAGAACCGUUCUUUUAAGCCAGAACAAGAAGAGAAUCAUAAGGAAAACGUGAAGAACAAUGUUGUGGCGGCUAGGAAGAAGCUUUCGUUGGUUGAAAUGGAGAAAAAUGGGAACAGGAUAAUGGUGUUUGUGAGAGUAAGGCCAAUUGGGAAGAAGGAAAAGGAAACAGGUUCGAGGUGUUGUGUGAAGAUUGUGAAUCGUCGUGAUGUUUAUUUGACGGAAUUCGCCAGUCCGGAGGAUUAUUUGAGGUUGAAGAGGAUUCGCGGUGGUCAUUUCACGUUUGAUGCUUGCUUUCCUGAUUCAGCUACUCAGCAGGAAGUUUAUUCUAUCUCAACCUCAGAACUUGUGGAAGCAGUUCUACAAGGGAAGAAUGGGACAGUUUUCUGUUAUGGUGCCACUGGAGCUGGAAAAACUUACACAAUGCUUGGUACAAUGGAAAGCCCAGGAGUGAUGGUUUUGGCAAUUAAGGAUCUCUUCAGUAAAAUCAGGACGAGAAGUUGUGAUGGAACCCAUGUUGUUCAUCUGUCGUAUCUUGAGGUUUAUAAUGAAACUGUAAGAGAUUUGAUUUCACCUGGAAGACCUCUGGUUUUGAGAGAAGAUAAACAGGGGAUUGUGGCAGCAGGUCUUACACAAUACCAAGCUUACUCCACUGAUGAAGUAAUGGCAUUGCUUCAGCAAGGAAACCGUAACAGAACUACAGAACCAACUCGUGCAAAUGAAACAUCUUCACGUUCCCAUGCUGUUUUGCAGGUUGUGGUUGAAUACCGAGUUAGAGAUGCUGCAAUGAAUAUUGUUCACAGAGUGGGAAAGCUCUCAUUGAUUGAUCUUGCAGGGUCAGAGAGAGCUCUUGCCACAGAUCAAAGAACACUUAGAUCUCUUGAGGGUGCCAACAUUAACCGGUCACUUCUUGCAUUAAGCAGCUGCAUCAAUGCUCUUGUAGAGGGCAAGAAGCACAUUCCUUACCGAAAUUCAAAACUUACUCAGCUUCUCAAAGAUUCAUUAGGAGGAACCUGCAACACUGUCAUGAUUGCAAACAUAAGCCCGAGUAACCUUUCAUUUGGUGAAACUCAAAACACCCUUCAUUGGGCUGAUAGAGCCAAGGAGAUUCGAACAAAGGCAACUGAUGCAAAUGAGGAUCUAUUACCGAUAUCUGGGACAGAAAUAGACCAGGCCAAGCUGGUACUUGAGCUGCAAAAGGAGAAUCGUGAAUUGCGAAUGCAUCUAGCAUGCAAACAACAAAAACUCAUGAAACUCCAAGCACAGUCCUUGACAGCAUAUUCUUCCCCAACACCACCAUCAGCUUCAUCUUUUCUUUCCACUCCCCCAACUUCAGUUCAACCAAAUGAAAAACGAAGGGCUGGACGCUCUUUAUUAACUGCAGCUUAUCUUACUCCUGAGAACAUGAACAAGGGAGAGGCGAUAGCCAUCACUGUCAGAACACUUUAUCAAAAAGUGAAAUCUCUGGAGUCAAAGAUAGAGAGAAUGAAAAAGGAUCACAGUUUGCAGAUAAAGCAGAAAGAUGACGUUAUUCGUGAGCUUUCACAAAAAAGUGGGAGAAAAGUAGCGGCAGCAGGGGAAGUAGGGAAGAGAGUGGUAACCAGGUCUAGCAUUCGGCCAAAGAAUGUAAACACAGGUGAGUUAAAGAGUCCAAGUCAUCGUUUUCGAUCACCACUACCAAUGGCCAAGAAACGAAGCUUUUGGGACAUAACUGCUGCUAACAGCCCAUCAGUUGCUACAUUAAAUGGGAGAAAAACAAGAAGCCAUGUCAUUUCUGAACCUACUGCAAACCCAUCCAUGCUUCUUCAGCCAGGUUUUGCUCGUCAAAAGGGAAAUAUUUGGAAGUGAUCUAGGGAGUAGUAGAAGAAGUUCAAGGACAGAAUAGAACCCAUAUAUGACCGAAGAUCUGGUAUUUUUGUAAGAUCUUGAACUGGUUGUAGCACAUAUUAUGAAUGAGAUCAUUGUCGCUUCCAUUUUUAAGUGUCUGCUCGUGUAAAUGAGUUAUGCAAUGAUAGGUUCUUUAGGCGUAGUUAGCAGUAGGACCGGAGGGUUCUUUUACAUGCUUAUUCACAGAUUUGGAUUCCAAGCAGUCAAAAUCUCAUGCAUUCGGUACAUCAGUGGCAGUUCGAUGAAGUUGGAUGGAGCAGGAUUUUGAUUUUUAAUCUAAAAUGCCUGCAUGAGAUUUUUUUUGGUCUUAGAUGAAGUGGUAAUCCACUGAAAUUAAACUCAUAUAAUUUUGAGAUCCCGGAUCACGAAGUCCGGCCUAACAAUUUUGGCAUUUUUGCCAGUUGUGCUAGAACUUAUGGGACUGCAUGAGAUUUUUACUGCAUACAAUACAAUUCCUUUAUUCA